AUGACAGCCAAAACUGAGGUAACAUCUAACGCUGAUGGCGAGAAGGAUCUCUCUUCCAUUGAGGGAGAAAAAAACUUGCCUGUUCCAGAAAAAAAUGAUAAAGUAGAGGGUUUAAAUGAUGAGAAUCAUGUUAAUGGAAAUAAGAUAAUAGAACGUAAAGUUUGUGGAACUUGCAAAUGGUUUAAUGUUGUUAAUGGAUAUGGUUUUAUAAGUAGAAGUGAUGGAAAGGGUGAUAUAUUUGUCCAUCAAACUGCUAUUGCUAAAAAUAAUCCUCAAAAAAAAUUAAAAUCAUUAAAUGAUAAUGAAAGUGUUGAGUUUGAUGUUGUUGAGGGAAGAAAAGGUUUAGAAGCUGUUAAUGUUACUGGUCCAAAUGGUGAAGCAGUUCAAGGAUCUUCACAUGCUGAUUAUCCACAUAGACCAAAAAGAAGAUGGAAAAAAGUAAGAAAUGAUAGAAAAAGUGGUAAUGAUAAUGUUGGAAAAAGUAAUGAUGAUACUAGUAGUCAAACCAAACUUAAGAACCGUAACAAAGGGAGACGCAAGAAGAGUAACGGUCCAAAAAAAAUAGAAAACAAUGAAAAUAGUGGUGAUAACCAACAAUCUAAGGACACUCUAAAAACUAACAAAAAAAAAAGAAAUGGUAGUGAGGGAAACAAAAUUGAAGAUGCACAACAAAUAAAAACAGAAAGUUCAUAA